UCGCCCCGCCACAACCCAACCCUCUUCCUCUGGUCAAGAAUCAGCGGUAGAAGAAGCGAAGGAUUUGGAAUGGUGGAGCCUUGCCGUGUUUCUUUUCAACAUGGUCGUUUAGCAACAAGAAAGGCAGAAGAAGCUGCCUGCAGACGAUUCGAAGCCGCCAACUGGCUUGAGACAAUGGCCGGACCUCUCGGAUUGCCUCCACAACCCUCCGAGCAAGAAUUUAUCUCUUGCCUGAGGAAUGGUCUUAUACUCUGCAACACCAUCAACAAGAUCCGGCUGGGCGCCGUUCCAAAGGUUGUCGCUAAUCCAUCGAUUGGCACCGCAUGGGACAUCCAACAAUUAUCUGCUUAUCAGUACUUCGAAAACGUACGCAAUUUCCUCGUUGCUGUUGAGGAGCUGAAGCUUCCAAGCUUCGAGGCUUCAGAUCUUGAAAGGGAUACCCUGGAUGCCAGAUCAGUGGCGAAAAUUGUUGAUUGCAUUCUUGCCUUAAAAUCUUAUCAUGAAUGGAGGCAGUGUAAUGGAGGGGAUGGGCUUUUGAAGCAUGCUCCAAUUGUUCCACAAUCUGCUGGAAGGAUGCAGUCAAACACCGUCUCAUCGAGCUCAGUCUCCUGUAGACAUUUAGACAUGUUGACCACCUCUGAGAAACAACAACCCUUGAAGAAUGAGAAUCAAAAAAGUGAAGAUGCAAUGGAUUCACUUGUGAGAGUUCUAUCUAAGCAUAUGUUCAAUUCAAAGGAGAACAGUGAUCAAUACCUUCUAAAAUCAUGGAAUCAGGGAGGAAAGGAUCCAAUCAAGCUAUUCAUUAAAAUCAUGUCAAGCAGUCUGGAAGAGCCACAGUUGAAAUCAAUUCUUGAAGAUCUCAUGUUGGAAGGGGCUAUGCCGAUCAAUGAUCCAACAACAAGUCGAGAUCACAAGCAUUAUAAAUUGUGCUUGGGGAAAAGUGAUUGCUAUCAUUGGGAUCUCUUGGAAGCACAAGAAAACAAACUGAGGGAGCUCAGGACUUUGCUAUUGAACAUCAGGGUUGAAUUCACAACUUUGCAGACCCAAUUACAAAAUGAUUUUGUACAACUAGGAAUCCAGAUUCAAGGGAUAUCUGCUGCUGCUCAUGGGUAUCAUCAAGCUGUCAAAGAAAACCGGCAUCUUUAUAACAUUCUUCAAGAAUUAAGAGGAAAUAUCCGAGUAUUUUGCAGGAUCAGGCCAAUGUUCAAUGAGGAAGCGAAAUGUACCAUAGACUACAUUGGAAGUGAUGGUUCAUUAAUGGUUAUUGAUCCAGCUAAACCACAAAAUGCAGGCAAAAUAUUUCAGUUUAACAAAGUUUUUGGCCCAACUGCUACACAGGAUGAAGUAUACAGGGACACCCAAGAUCUAAUAAGAUCUGUCAUGGAUGGCUAUAAUGUAUGCAUACUUGCCUAUGGUCAAACAGGAUCUGGUAAAACGCAUACCAUGUGUGGCCCGUUAAACAGAUCAAAUAAGGACACAGGAAUCAAUUACAUGGCGCUGAAUGAUGUAUUUCAAAUAUCCAGUAUCAGGAAGGAUGUAACAUAUGAGAUUUGCGUUCAGAUGGUUGUAAUUUAUAAUGAGCAAGUUCAUGACCUUCUACAAAUCUUUGGUUCUCUUACUGGGCUGUUAAUUUUUAACUACAAGAGUACAUUAGAAAUUAGGAGUUGUUCGAGCAAUGGGGGGCUGAGCCUUCCAGAUGCUAGCAUGCACCUUGUGCAGUCUAGUGCUGAUGUUCUUGAUCUGAUGAAAUUGGGCGAGAAGAAUCGUGCAUUUUUCUCAACAGCAAUGAACCACAGAAGCAGCCGCUCUCACAGCGUGUUGACAGUACAUGUGCAUGGUAAAGACAUUUUAGACAGCACUACUUGUAGUUGCCUGCAUUUGGUGGACCUUGCUGGCAGUGAGAGGAUGGAUAAAUCUGAAACCACAGGAGACCGACUGAAUGAGGCACAGCAUAUCAACAAAUCUCUUUCCUGUUUGGAAGAUGUCAUUACAGCCUUAGCUCAGAAGAAUCCUCACAUUCCAUAUGGAACUAGCAAGCUCACCCAAUUGCUACAAAACUCACUAGGUGGAAAUGCAAAGAUGUUAAUGUUUGCUCAUGUGAGCCCAGAAGCUGAUUCUUACAGGGAAACAAUCAAUACGCUGAAAUUUGCCCAAAGGGCUUCCACUGUGGAACUUGGUGCUGCUCAUUUGAACAAAGAAAGCAGUGAGAUCAGGGAACUUAAAGAACAGAGAGAUAGUCUCAAGAUGGCAUUGGCAAUCAAGGAAGAUGAGAAGGCCAUGUCUUCACAAAAAAUGAAAGAAAAUGCUCCAAACUUGGACAGAUUGAAACAAAUCACAGGGCGUAACCAUCCACGUCCACGAAGGUUGAGCAUUGAGAAUCCUACUGCUCUGAAGAAUGGAACAGUGAACAACCCAGAUGAAACAAAGUUGCUGAAGUCCCCUAAAUCAGGACUUAAACUUCCUACAGACUAUGCCCCAAUUUAUAACCGGAGGUUGAGCUCAGACAGUUCCAUGCGUGAAGAGAAAAAGCAAGAAUUUAAAACUGCAGUUUCACAAAUUUAUUCAAAAUUCUCUGAAGAAGAGUCACUUAAAGAGAACAUACUUUGGCGUCAACUGGAAAUUCAAGACUCUGCAGAUGCAAAAGCAAGCUUGGAUAAUGAGAAGUGUUGCAGCAUUGUUGCUACAGAGGCCUUCCAUCAAUGCUCUCCUGGUACUUGCACUUCUUCUUGUUGCAGUCAGCUGCCAAAGAUGGAGAGCAGAUCUCAAAUGCAUCUCCAUCAGAAAACCUCGGAUCCUGCAGUAAAAUUGGAUGAGCUGAGCAGAUCUCGAAUACAUGUCCAUCAGAAAACCUCUGAUCCAGCAGCAAAAUUGGAUGAGAUAGUGACAACUUCAGAUGAGAUUAGUUUUGUUACAAAAUCUCAGACAAGGAGCUCCAAUAUUAAUGCUAGCAGAAGAGGAUCUCAUAUGAGGAAAUCUCCACAGGGCACUGGAAAAUUUGUUCAUGGCUCCGAAAGAAGGAGCAUCCAGUAUCCCUCAGAAACAUCUUCAAAAUUUGCUAAAAGCAACAGUAUUGACGUGAAGUCACCAAUUACUGCUGAUGCCAGGUCAAAAAGGAGGCAAUCAUUUCCCAAUGUUCAGAGGAAUUUGAAUGUUCCACGGAGAUCUUCGCUUGGUGGGAUAUCAGUGAAUUCAUCUUCAAGUGAUACCCAAAGUGCAAGAACUCAAUCAAUACAGUCCUCUAUGAAGGCCAAAAAAAGAUGGUUAUGAAUCUAAUGCUGCUGAAAAGAUAAUAAAGAUUGCGAGGAGCAAGGAAAAAUAAAUGAAUAAAGGAUGAAAGAAUAAAGCUCAAAGCACAGUUGCAAGUUAUCAAUAAAUUUAAUUAUAAUUAUAAAGUUUGAGUUAUGUAGUUUUGAAUAUUCAAAUAUUGAAUUUAGAUAUUUUGCUUCUCUUUGUGUAGCAAAUAGAAUUGAACUAACAUUAUUAUUCUAUAUAUUUUUUAUAAAAUAUUUUUUUUAUUC